CAUCACUCUCUUUUCUGAAUUUUUGCAAACAUGUUGUUUUUGAAUUCUCUUUUUUUCCCUUUAUUUUCCUUCCCAAUAUGACCCCAGGAGCCAACACAAAGAAAAACGCAGAUGAUAUAGCCAGUAAUGACCGUGGUGAAGAUGAAGAUAUCCAUGAUCAGAACAGUAAGAAGCCCGUCAUGGUCUAUAUUCAUGGUGGAUCUUACAUGGAAGGCACAGGCAAUAUGAUAGAUGGGAGUAUUUUGGCAAGCUAUGGAAAUGUCAUCGUGAUAACCAUUAACUACCGUCUGGGAAUAUUAGGUAAGUGA